AAAAAAAAAGCCCAUUACAGCCCACCGGCCCAAGUGAGAAAAAGAAGGAAAAAAAAAAAAAGUGCAGUCAUCUCUUCUCCACACUCACGCACUAAAGCAUCAAGUUCGCCAUAGCCGGUCAGCUUCUUCAAAUCUUCAAGGCAGCAACUCGCAACAAAGGUUUCAAAGGGCAUUGCAACCAUGGGAGGAGGUGAACAUGUACAUGGGGAAGCCCAUGGGGACUUUAGGGCUAAGGUUUGGAGCAUGAGCGGAGGACCUUAUUGCCGGCCCAAGCAUUGGAAACGCAAUACUGCCAUUGCCAUGGCCGGCAUCGUUCUCAUCUGCAUCCCUAUAGCUAUGAAAUCUGCAGAGCUUGAGCAACGGCCACACAAUCCCGUUCGGCCAAUUCCGUCACAGCUCUGGUGCAAGAACUUUGGAAACAAGGAGUACUAAAUCUAUCACCUGAAGAUUGAGUACAGAAAAUAUUAGCCAGAAACGAUGUUCUUGAUUUUGCAAGUCAAAGGGUCUUCCGGAUCUGGUAAUUGUAGAGACUAAUUUUUUCAGUACUUGGUGUUAUCUUUUCCAAUUCAUGUCGCUCUUUUAAUGACCACAUAAUAAGCCGCUGUUCGUUUUAAUGGCCAUGUUAAAGUGUUUCCAUAACGACCAAAAGGAAGAAUUCUGUCUAGUUUGGAUUGUUCAAAUUCAAA